AUGUUGGUGAAGCAGAAAGAGGCUAACAGACAGAGUAUGAUCCUGCUGCAGAACGCUGACCCCAGCCUGCAGCUGAUCAAGGCUCUGGAGGAUGUGGCUAAUGUUACCAAGACUCUGGAGCAGGAGAGACUGCUGCAUCACCAGAAGGUGAAGGCUCUGGAGGCUGAGCUACAGGAGUACUCUCUGAAACAGCAGAUAGCAGAGCUGCAGAGCCAGCUGGAACUGAUGGAGGAGGGAGAAGAGAGAGACAGAGGGAUGUCUGCAGGAAGUAGAGAAGAAGAACCGUGACCUAGAGAAAAGAGUGCAAGAGCUGCUGCAGGUCCAGAAGAGCACUGAGCCCUCACCAGGCCCUGUACCAGGGAUCGCCCCAACCCCGCCCCCUGUACCCCAGCCCCUCCACCCCCACCACCACCCCU